AUGGCAAACACAAUGAGCACUUGUUUCCUUCUUGCACUUCUUGUCGUUCUCUUCACUUCGUAUUCAGCAAGGGCAGCACAAUACAAUGUCCUGAAUUAUGGGGCAAAACCAGAUGGGAUAACUGACUCAACCAAAGCCUUUCUUUCUGCUUGGACACAAGCUUGUGGCUCUAUUAGUCCAUCUACCAUUUAUGUCCCAUCCGGCAGGUUCUUUCUACGAAAUGUACAAUUCAGUGGUCCAUGCAAGAAUAAUGCAAUCGUUGUACGAAUAGAUGGCACACUUCUGGCUCCCACCGAUUAUCGGGUUAUCGGUAAUGCUGGAAACUGGAUUUUCUUUCAGCAUGUUGAUGGGGUUACAGUUUCUGGUGGGAUACUUGAUGGACAUGGUUCUGGUUUGUGGGAUUGCAAGCAAUCUGGCAAGAACUGCCCAAGUGGUGCCACGACACUGGGUUUUUCCAAUUCAAACAACAUAGUUAUAAGUGGACUACAUUCACUGAAUAGCCAAAUGUACCACAUUGUUGUCAAUGGUUGCCACAAUGUGAUAAUUCAAGGGGUCAAGAUCACUGCCUUCGGGAACAGUCCGAACACCGAUGGCAUUCAUGUGCAACUUUCGAGCGGUGUCACGAUCUUGAACUCGAAGAUCGGAACUGGCGAUGAUUGUGUCUCGGUUGGUGCCGGAACCACCAAUUUGUGGAUUGAAAAUGUUGUAUGUGGCCCUGGCCAUGGAAUCAGCAUUGGAAGUUUGGGAAAGGACCUUAAAGAGCCAGGGGUGCAAAACGUGACAGUUAAAACUGUUACAUUUAUUGGUACUCAAAACGGAUUGAGAAUCAAGACAUGGGGGAGGCCAAGCAAUGGUUUUGUAAGGAAUGUUCUUUUCCAGCAUGUCGUCAUGACCACCGUUCAAAAUCCCAUUGUCAUCGAUCAAAACUAUUGUCCUGACAACAAAGAUUGUCCCGGGCAAGCUUCUGGGGUUAAAAUUAGUGGUGUAACGUACCAGGACGUCCAUGGAACAUCAGCAACAAAAGUGGCAGUGAACUUCGAUUGUAGUAAAAAGUCUCCAUGCACUAGUAUCAAAAUGGAGGAUGUGAAGCUAACUUACAAGAAUCAACCAGCUGGUGCUUCUUGUAACAAUGCUGAUGGAACAGCUUCCGGUUUCAUCCAGCCUAGUAGCUGUCUUUAA